AAGAAACGCGUACUACUAAGGGGGGGCGGGAUGACCUCUGACCAGAGCGACUGACCAGACCAACUCUGGGGGUGGCCUCCACUUUUCCGACGCUACUUCCCAUGCAGGCGCUGUCACAUUGGUCCCACCUCAUUUCCACCCUCGCGCGUCGUCCAAACCGCAGCCGAAGCCUCUUCUCUUCCACAUCCCCCCCCCGUUUCCUUGCCUGCCUGCCCUGGACCGGUGGGUUGUUUCUCAACUCUCAUCUCUGCCAUCAAGAGCACGAGUUUCCCAUCCUUUUCGUCAUCGUGAGCGAAGGCCAGGAGCUCGUUGCGGAAACUCUCCAGAUCGCGGCCAAUAUCAUUUCCGGUUCCCAGGAAAAGAAAAAAAAGGGAGCGACAAGACAUUUAGUGCAGCACAGUUCCUUCCCUCCGACGAACUGGGGGAGUCCUAAUUGUGGGCUGCCCAAUAACAUCGGUCCCGACCGACCUUUUUUCAGCUACCCGUCGCUUUGGUUCUGGGACCUCUGGGCCACCCCCAUCCAUUCCAUCCACCAUCCUCCAAUCCCUCUCCUCUCCUUGCCACCUUUAACCCGCACCCGCCGCGCAAAAAAAAAACCACCCUCUCUUCCGUCGCACCGCAAUCUCGACGACAGGAACGACGUUGGGAGGACUCGGCAUUCGGUUUCGCCUCGACUGUGCUCGUUCAAUCGUUGCGCGUGAUUUUUAUUGUUCGUUUGCUGCGUGUCUCGAAAUCGGCCCGCAGCUUGUGUUAUUGUGUGAAUAAGUCGUGUUUUGUUCAAUCGGGUCACAGGGUGAGUAAAAGCUACGCACCCUUUUUUAUUCUUCACCUGCACGCUGUCAUCCGCGGGUCUCGCGCCGGCGACGCAACUGGCACGGCGUUUAAGUUUGCAGUCAUGCCUCGCUGACGCAGAAUGACGCUGAUGCCCAGAGUUUCUAGCUUCCAUCUCUGGUGCCCUUUCAUCUUGUUAAAAUCGCAAAUUUGUGUUGUUCUAGCGCUUCAGACGAAGGCU